AACAUGAACGGCCUCGAAAUUUCACCCUUCAUCGCCUCCCUCCCCAAGGUCGAGCUACACAUCCACAUCGAGGGAACUCUCCUCCCCGCCCUUCGCUGGAAACUCGCCAAACGCAACAACGUGCCCCUCCAAUACGAAACCUACGAGGCCCUACUGGACUCGUACAAGGUCUUCUUCAACCACCGCCCCGAAAUCAACGGCCGCGUCCCGGGUAUCCCAACAUUUCUCGAGGCCUAUUUCGCAGGUUGCGAAGUCCUGAAAACUGAAAAUGAAUUUUAUGAAAUGUCAAUGGACUACUUCCGGCGCUGCGCCGAGAUGAACGUCCGUUACGUUGAGCCAUUUUUUGAUAUUCAAGCACAUACGCGCAGGGGGGUGCCCGCGGAGGAUGUUCUGAAUGGGUAUCUGAGGGCUCAGCGUGAUGGCGCGAAGGUGCAUGGUGUGAAGUCGAAUUGGAUUUUCUGCUUUAUCCGCGACGAGAGUCUUGAGGAUGGGUUGGCUGCGUAUGAGGCGGCUAGACCGUGGGCUGCUGGCACCGUCGAGGGUGGCAAGGGUCUCUUCCAUGCUGUCGGGCUGGCGAGUAACGCCUUCAAGAGGCCGCCGAUGCUUUUCGAGGAAGGGUUCCGGAGGGCCAAAAAGGAUGGGCUGCAUGUUACGAUGCACUGCGAUUUCGGGCAAAAGGAUGCGUUCGAGCACGUCCACGAGGCAAUUUUUGAGGUCUGUGAUGGCGCUGGCGCGGAGCGGGUUGACCACGGGCUCGAUGCGGCGGAUAAGGAGGAGUUGCUGCAGGGAUUGUUGGAUCGGGGGAUCGGCUUGACGUUGUGCCCUCACGCGUAUCACCGGCGGACGGCGACGGAGGUGCUGUUUCCCAAGAUUCGGACGUUGUGGGAGAGGGGCGUCAAGUUCAAUAUUAACAGUGAUGAUCCGGUGUAUAUGCACGAUGUUUGGGUAGAUGGGAACAUGCAGAAGGCGUACACCUAUUGCGGGUUUAGUAAGAAGGACAUGGUUGAGCUUGCGAGGAAUGGAGUUGAUAUGUGUUGGGCUAGCGAGGAGGUCAAGAAGGAUUUGUACAAAGAGUUGGACGCAGUCGAUACUGACUAGAGUCAAAUCUGAGAACUGGAAAGACCUUCUGGGCUUUCGGUCUGGAUUGCUUAAUCUAAAGUAAAAUAGCAAGCAAAGUCUUGAAGAGUCUUCGAAGAUUGAGAGUAGGUAGCCGGAGAACAAACGUACGGUAAUGCCAUCGUAAAGAGGAGGGUCGGAAUACUGUGAUUGAAUCUCAUUUCAAGCUAAGUAGACUAGGAUUUUCGGGAAGCUCUCGCAACGCACCCAUUGCUAAUGCAUUCUACCCCAACUGUUGGCAUUCUUUCUUGGCCUUGAAUCAAGCAGCCGGUACUGCCAGUUUCUUCCCCAAUUCCCUCCGAUGCAAGAACCUGAUCAAGAGCGAAGUGCCCGCCAUACCAACGGCAA